ACACUCAUGGUCAGCGUGAUGGAGAAGCCUCAGACCAACGACUCCUUUCAACAUGAGCUUGAAGAUUUCAUUAGAAAGCAGAAAGCUAGAGGCGUACAUCCAAGGCUCUGCUUCAGAAAGACGACAGAGGACUCUGUUCACCAAGACAGAGGCCGUGUCGGCCCGGAAGCGCCAAUGCUGGGCCUACCACUGUGGUCCAGAAGGUACGCGAGAUCCUUCACUGCUUAUGAAAGGCCAACAGCCGAAAACCCGGUACCUCACUCCCGACAAAAACUGGAAUCUCUAAGACAUCAUCAGGAAAACCUGCCUGUCAGUCAAGACGGAAAGGAGAGGACAAGGUGCCAGGAGGAGGGAAGAGCCACCAGUGAGGAGCCAGGGAUGCCCAAAGGGAGACACCACAGAGAGAGGGGUUCACACAGAGAAGACUGGGGUCUCUGCAAAAGGAAGCCCUCAGCAGAGCCAGUGGCUACAGAGAAGUGUAAGCAAAGGAAGAAGAACCAUCACGACAGAAGAGACGCCGCCAAAGGCAGACAUCGGUCCCACCGGGAAAAGAAGAGAAUGGAAGAGAGGGAUUUGUGGGAUGAAGCCAUCCUGGGCAGUUGCUACUGAUGUUUGGGCAUUUGGGGUCCCAAAGUCAAUGACUUGAUU